UGUUCUCUCGAACAAAUUAUGGCGUUGUCUCUUAUCAGGAGUAAGGGGCUACGAUACAUAAAGACGCAGUUACUGUUUUUUAAAACUUAUUCAACAAUGAAGAAAGGUUUGGUGCUUGGGGUAUAUGAGGCAGAUGAUGAAAGCUUUACUUUAACUCCUGCAGCAGCUAAGUACAAUGAACGAGUUCAAGGGAAACUACUAAAACAUAUUUGCUUGAAAGACUAGACUGAGCGAUGAUGCAAGAGUAAUGUCGUCUAAUGGGGAUGGUAAUUUAGGAAGUGAUAGUGGGGCAGGAAGCAGUAGAGGUAUAGGGGAAUCUAGUAGAAAUGUGAAGCGUCACCUUCAUUCCAGCAAUAUUUUACUUGGAAUUGGCAGUUCGCUCGAAGACAGAAAUAAUGAUUAUCAAUGCCCGAUCUGUUUUGAAUUAAUCGAUGAAGCACAUAUCACUCGUUGUGGUCACACUUUUUGUUAUCAUUGCAUCGUGAAGUCUUUAGAAGCUAAUAGUAGAUGUCCAAAAUGUAGUCUCGCUUUAAGCCAGCAGGAUAUAUUUCCUAAUUUCUUGUUAAAUGAAUUAGUAACAAAAUAUAAAACGAGAAUCAAGGGCCUUUCUAAAUUAGGCUCUUCAAACGUAGGAGAUAGUAAAAAUAGGGUAGGAACAGAAUUAUCUGUACUUUCACGUGACGGUUUAAGAGAUAUAGUUGCUGUAGAAAGCGCUCAUCUAACUCUGCCUGAUGUUAAUGUAAUGUUGGAAGUGUUAACACAAAGAAAGCACUUACUUGAAGCUGAAACAUGCGCUAUACAAAAUAAACUUUUACACGAAUUUUUAAAACAUUUGUUACAACAAAAAGAAGAGCAGAAAAAUCAGUUACAAAAGGAGAUGGCUUUAAUUAAACGUGAUAUGGAAGAAGUUGAAAAUAUUCUAAAAGACGUUCAAAAUAAAUGUCCACGUGUAGAAGAUUUAAAAAAAUCAAGUGAAAAUGAUACGGCACAAGUAUCUGCUAUCAGACGAGAAAUGAUCGGUCUUAUAGAUAUAAUUGAUUCUAAUAUGGUAAAACCUAACGAUAGAACGAUAGGAAAUGAAUCAUUUACAAACCCGUCUGGUAGUCAAAAACAAAUUGAAUAUGGAAGUAGUUCAACCUUGGCUAUUCGUAGAAAAAGAAUGCAUGGUCAUUUUGAUGAUUUUGUGCAAUGUUACUUUCAUUUACGUGCUAAGGAACUAUUACUUGGAUAUAAACCUCAAAGUCAAACAGAUGCAAGUCAUAGUACAAGUUCUGGCCUUGAUAUCUUUCGAGAAAAUCUGGUUAAAUUUUCCAGAUAUAAUACGUUACGACCAUUAGCUACAUUAAAUUAUUCUUCUGAUAUCUUUAACAAUUCUACAAUUGUUUCGAGCAUAGAAUUUGAUAAGGAUAAUGAAUUCUUUGCAAUAGCUGGUGUCACUAAACGUAUCAAAGUAUUCGAUUAUGGUGCUGUGAUACAUGAUACAGUUGAUAUUCAUUAUCCUAGUAUAGAAAUGGUCUCCAGUUCUAAAAUAUCGUGUGUUUCAUGGAAUUCUUUCCACAAAGGAAUGUUAGCCUCGUCAGAUUAUGAAGGAACUGUAACAGUGUGGGAUGCUGCAACAGGUCAUAGAAUUAAAACCUUCCAAGAGCAUGAAAAGAGAUGUUGGUCUGUAGAUUUUAAUGAUGUUGACACUAGACUUAUAGCAUCUGGAUCGGAUGAUGCAAGAGUUAAAUUAUGGUCCUUGAAUACAGAUCAUUCUGUUGCAUCUUUAGAAGCAAAAGCUAAUGUUUGUUGUGUAAAAUUUAAUCCAUGUAGUUCGUGUCACUUGGCAUUUGGAUCUGCUGAUCAUUGUGUUCAUUAUUAUGAUUUACGUAAUAUGAAAGAAGCCUUGCGUAUUUUCAAAGGACAUCGUAAAGCUGUAUCUUAUGUUAAAUUUAUUAAUAAGGAAGAGAUUGUAUCGGCAAGUACUGAUUCACAACUAAAGAUGUGGAAUAUUAAUAAUCCUCAUUGCCUAAGAUCUUUUAUUGGACAUGUUAAUGAAAAAAAUUUUGUAGGGCUGGCCACGGAUGGUGACUAUGUAGCCUGUGGUUCAGAAAAUAAUGCACUUUAUGUGUAUUACAAAGGACUAACAAAACAAUUAUUCUCAUAUAAGUUUGAUGCUGUGCGUAGUAUAUUAGAAAUUCAAGAUCGAAAAGAGGAAGAUUUAAACGAAUUUGUCUCAGCAGUGUGUUGGAGACAAAUGUCCAAUGUUAUAGUAGCUGCAAAUUCUCAAGGAAUUAUCAAAAUAUUAGAAUUUGUUUGAUUUUAAUUAGUAAAGCAAUGCAUAAGUUAUACAGUAAGAUUAAAUAAAAAUAUUUAGGAUUUGUGCUGGUGUAUUUUUCGAUAUGACCUAAUUUAUGUUCACAUUUAAACAACGAGGCAGAAAAAUUAUUCUAAAUAUUCUAACUUAAUACAGGCUGAAAUAAAGUUUCCUAUUAUAAAGAUUUUCAUUAAUGAAGUCUACCUAGUUCAGAUGGGUAUGUCUUGAAUAUAUUGACAGCACAAAUAUUUCUUUCUAUUUUAUGACCGAAUUGAAAAUUUAAAUAUAUAUAUAUAUACAUAGGUAACGUUACUUACAAUAUUUACAUCUGAAUAUAAUAUCCUUAGAUAUAAUUGAAAAUAUAGACUGAAUGUUAAUCAUAAACGGUUGCUAGGAAUGUGGUAAUAAUUUUUUGUAGUAUAUAUAUAUAUUAAGUUAUAACUUUUAAAUAUCUUUCUUAUAAUGUUAUGUUAAAUUGGUAAUGCAAUUAACACAUAUUUCUUACACAUUGAAUUUAAAAGAAUCUUUUUUUCUUGGCAAUUGUUAUGUACAAUCAACAUUGAUUUAAGUAUUUUUGUACCUCUAACUAAAGUAUUAUAAAUUUUCUGUGACCGAGAAUGAUGAUUACAAAUAUAACUUACAUAAUUACAAAUAUUACUUAUAAUGCCCAUGUGAAAACCAUGUUGCCAUGUAUACAGAGUGAGUACCUAGAAAAUUAAGUUUAUCAAAUAAUUCUAUUUAAAAUCUUAAUGUGCAGUUCAUAAAAAAAAAAAUAAUUGAUGCAUUUGAUGUCAAUAUACAAUAUGCAUAGUGCAUAAAUAUAUAUACUAUUAAUAUUCAUUAUCUUAUAUACUGGAGUAGCCUAAUUUAAUUAUUAAACUAAAUAACUAGAAUAUAUGAAUUUUUAUGAGCAAACAGAUAUAAAAAGAUACAAGUAUAAUUUGUGCCAAAUCUUAUCAUAAGACAAAAGAGAAAAUAAUUUGCACAAAUUUCUUCAAGUACAUUUUAUAUUUAACAAAGAAAAUUUUGAGUAUAUUUUAAUAAAAAUAAUUAAGCUAUAUUUAGUUAAUACUUAAAUCUAGAUUACUAUAUAUUUUGUUUUAAGUAAAUCAUUUAUUUUGCAAAAAAUCAUGUAUUAGGACAAUUGUUAGCAUCUUUCCAUGGAUUCACUUUUAAAAUAUUAUGAAUGAAGUCUCUUGAUACACACACACACACACACACACACACAGAGAGUCAUUAUAUGCAUUACUAAGUGUAUAUAAACAAUAUGAACUAUUUACUGAGAAAUGUAUAAUCCUAUAUUAAAUCAUAUUGUGUAUCAUUAAAAGCAGAUUCUUAAAUAAGUCUAAAAUGAAGGUGGUAUACAAAAAGAAUAUGCAACCAAUUGUGAUGUCUAGUUUCAAUGUUUUUAUUAUAAUGCAAAUUCUAAUACUUCUUUGUAGAUGAAACUACAUUGUUGUAAAUCAAUACAAAUAGAUAUAGUUGAAUCUUGAAAGCAUAAUUAUAAAUGUGGUUACGUGUAGAAUAAUUAUUAAAAAAACUUAUAUUAUAAGACACAUAAUGUAAAAAAUAGUAUAUUUUUAGAUUGUAUUUUAAAAUUGCAAAUAAUAUAGCACAUGACUCGUGUCACAGAUGCCUAGAUUUUAUUGUAAUUAAUAAAGAUAUAAAUUUGUGU